GAACAGGAGGGGGCGGUAUUGCGCAUCUUCCUCAAGCUAAAGUCAUUUUACCACGAAGAAGAAGCUUAGCCAGUUAGCUAACAGGCUAACACGUCCAGCAGAGGAGGACAGCUUUGGGAAGGGGGAGAUUUCCUUCUCACUGUUGUCAUUGCAUCAGGGGGUGUUAACAAGUAGGGUGUCAUCAUGUGGAGGGGCGAGCAUGGCCCACCAGCCUUCCAGGCCCCAGUGGAUGUUCACGCCAGCGCAGAUGGUCAGGUAUAUAUGUUCCGGAGGAGGCCGAAUGAGUAUGCAUUGUCCUCAGACGAAGAAGAGCUCAGCAUCUUAGAGACGAGGCAGAUGAAGCAAGACCAACUUAGGAAUGUCCAGCUGCUUGAGCGUGAGGUUUUAGAUGGGGAUAAUCUCAACAAGCUGGCACUGCAAUAUGGCUGUAAGGUAGCAGAUAUCAAGCGGGCAAACAACCUUAUACAGGAACAAGAUCUAUUUGCACUGAAACUGAUCAAAAUCCCUGUUCAGAAACACGGCUUAUUAACAGAAACCUUCCCAGAAUGGAGUGAUUCUCAGGAGGAAAAGUCACGUUCCUCUCCAUCACCGCCUCAGGACCGAGGUCGAGGCCAGCCCCAUCUCCAGGAGGUCACAGACUUUCUAAUGGAGGUGGAUAACGAUAUUGACAAACUGAUUAAGACCACAACUGAUCAUGACCAGGGUUUCUCAGAGAAACCUCGUUGGUUUGGUUUUCGACGGCAGCGUCUGAACGGACACGGGGCGGACUGGGGUAUCCAGUGGUGGAACGCUGUGGUAGCCAUGCUCCUGAUUGGGAUUGUCCUGCCAAUAUUUUAUGUCAUUUAUUUCAAAACUAAAGAUGGCGGGGUAGCUGCUCCAACAGGUGUUUUGCAGCCAUCCAACUCAUCAAAUGCAUCCGGUUCAAGAGGACCUGAGCUUUUUCACGAGCCGGGUUAGAUCGGACGACUGAAACAACCUUUAGGAUUGCUGUGUUUUUGUUCUAGUUGAAGCUAAACGAUUAUUGUAGCAAAGCCACAAUUCUCAAAACUCAAGGCAGGUUUUGUUAAAUCGACAGCAACGAGCCUUAACUCACAGCUGUGAUGGUUUAGACUUGAAUCUCAAAGUCUAACUCAGGCUGCCACACUACAUGAACACCUACUUUUUAAAUUCAGUUUCAUUAAGUUUCUGAAUUAUCUCAGGUGCUAUAUGUGUCUUACUGCACAAACUGUUUAAAAUGUGUUUCUAGAACAAAUAAAAUAGGAAAUAUAGCAUACGUCUGAUUAUAUUUGUAUAUUUAUUUAUUUGUCUGCCACCCAAGUGUGCCAGAAAUGCAGCAAAACUCUAACUUAUUAGUUUAAUGUGAUACCAUAAGAUGAGGUGAAGUAUUUUAAAAUAUAUUUCAUAGUCUAAAUUAAUUAUAGACUACAUGAAGUGCCUAAAACCCAUUUUGUCUGGUUUGUUUGUUUGCACAACUUGAAGUUAAUUAAUAGUGCUGAUUUUUUAAGUCUUGAAGUAUUUUAAGGAGGCCUGACUUUACCGUUAAGUACAAUUGGGCUUUUUACAGCUGUAUUUGUUUGGUAAGAAGUUUGUCUUGUGUGAAAAUUAUUCAGAAUAAACCAAAGUGUGUUUGUGAAGUA